AUGCGUCUGCUGCCUUUUCUUCUAGCGAUAACGCUCUCUGCAUUGGGCGUUGUGGCUGCUUACGGCGAUCACAUUGUCCAUGAGCGCCGCGAUAUCCUUCCCGAUGCAUGGAGCGAGAUUGCAAGACUAGGAGGCCAGGAGGUCCUCCCAGUCAGAAUCGGACUGGCCCAAUCCAACCUGGACAAGGGCCAUGAUCUAUUAAUGGAAAUAUCGGAUCCUGGAUCGCCGGCUUACGGAAUCCAUCUCGCGCCAGACCAAGUCCAUGACUUGUUUGCCCCGUCUGGAGAAAGCGUUGAGAGCGUGCGUGCUUGGCUGGAGUUUGAAGGUAUAGCUGGGGAUCGUGUCUCGCAGUCUGUGAACAAGCAAUGGUUGCAGUUCGAUGCGUCUGUCCAGGAGAUGGAGCGGCUGCUGCGCGCGGAAUACUAUCUGUACUCGCAUGCUGACUCUGGUCGGUCGCAUAUUGCUUGUCGAGAAUAUCAUAUCCCUCUGUCGCUGCAGUCGCACAUCGACUACAUUACUCCUGGUGUCAAGAUCCAAGAGGUCAGCGCUCCAUCGCGUAAGCGCAGCCAGAAACGAGACGACGUCGAUAUUUUCCCCCAGCCCAUUGCCGGUACGGAUGUUGAUUUGGAGGAUGUGCUGAAAGACGUCCUUGCAUAUUGCGAUGCGGUGGUUACGCCAGCUUGCCUUCGGCUCAUGUAUAAUAUCACUGAAGGCACGACCGCAGCCCCUGGAAAUGAGCUUGGGAUUUUCGAGACCCUGAACGACAUCUACAGCCAGACCGACCUAAACCUGUUCUUCUCCCACCUUGCCAGGUAUACCCCCCCCCCACCUCGCCCAGUCCAGAAUGAUAACCCUAACCUCAACAGCAACAUCCCCAACAACACGCAUCCAGUCCACAGGCUCAUCAACGGCGCAACAGCCCCAGCACCACCAGAGAACCCAGGCCCAGAAUCCGCCCUGGACUUCGAAGUCUCAUACCCCGUCAUCUGGCCGCAGAACUCAGUCCUCUUCCAAACCGACGACCCUGUCUACCAGAGAAACAACCCCUUCACCGGCGCAUUCAACAACUUCCUCGACGCAGUCGACGGCUCCUACUGCGACGCAUCCGAGGAGUCUCUCGACCCUCCAUACCCAAACCCCGCCCCAGGCGGCUACAAAGGCUCAAAGCAAUGCGGUGUCUAUAAGCCCACAAACGUAAUCUCCAUCUCCUACGGCGUCGCCGAAUCCUCGCUCCCCAUAAGAUACAUCCGGCGGCAAUGCAACGAGUGGAUGAAACUCGGUCUGCAGGGCGUCUCCGUCGUCAUCGCCUCCGGCGAUCGCGGCGUAGCCCUCGACGACGACAAAUGGUGUCUCGGCGAAAACGGUACCGUCUUCCAACCGGACUUCCCAGCAAUCUGCCCCUAUCUUACUGCCGUCGGUGCGACGACUCUCCCUCAAGGCGGAGACCCGUAUCAUCCCAACGAAGUUGCCUCCCGUGCCUUUGCCUCUGGCGGCGGAUUCAGCAAUGUCUUCCCGCAACCGUGGUACCAGCGCUCCGCGGUCGAGGGGUACUUUUCCCGCGUGAACUUGAGUUACCCGUACUACGAGGGCGUGGACAACAGCAGUUUCGCGCAGAACGGGGGCCUCUAUAACCGCAUUGGCCGUGCCUAUCCCGAUGUAUCGGCUUUCGGGGAGAACCUGCUUGUCUUUUGGAACGGGAGUCCGACUAUAGGUGGAGGGACUUCGGCCAGUGCGCCGAUUUUCGCGGCAAUGCUGACCCGGAUUAACGAGGAGAGGAUUGCAGCUGGGAAGCCGACUGUUGGGUUUGUGAAUCCGCUGCUUUAUGCCCAUCCGGAGGUGUUUCGGGAUGUUGUCGAGGGGAACAAUCCGGGGUGUAAAUCUGAUGGGUUUCCGGCUGCUCCUGGGUGGGAUCCGGUUACUGGGCUUGGAUCGCCACGGUAUGACAAGAUGCUGGAGUUGUUUAUGGGGGUGUAG